AGACCCACCAAAGCCAAAGGGAUACCAGCUUUCAGUCUUCGCAACGCCGGAAAACUAUAAAAUCUUCACACAACCAUGCACAAGAACACCAUUUGGUACGGAGCCGUGCUCUUGGUCGUCUAUUUUACCCUGGUCUUCUGCGAGGAGACGAAAAACGAAGAGCCCACAGCGGAACUGGAUAACCAAGUGGAGGACACCUGGGAGAAUCUCGGCCGGGAGCUGAUAGAGUUCGAGGGGCGCACCCGCCGCCAUCGCCACCACCUGUGGUAUCGCUACCUGUGGCCCAUUGCCAUUGCCUACUGGGUCAAGGUGAAAGUGGUGAUCGUUUCCUUCUUCGUGGGCAGUGCCAUUUACCUGGGCCUCCGCUACUUCUGGCCUCAUGCAAGGUGCAACCAGGAGAUCAUCCUGGAUCAUCCUCCUUCAUCCUACUCCCAUCACGACCACAUUCCCUACUCUCUGGAUCACGCGGAUCACUACGAUUCCCCCUCUUCCUAUGACUCCGGCGCCAGUUUCGAGCCCUAUUCCGGCUAUAGCAGCUAUGCUGGAUCGGAUAUUGUCUCCGAUGAGCACGGGGACUUCCAUGGCGACUUUCACGGAGAUUCUCCCUCGGGUCCUGGCCCAACUGGCCCCGUGGACACCCGCCGGCGCGGAAGGCGUAGUGCCGAGGACCAGGCCCAUUUGAUCCAGGAUGAUGAGCAGGAGGAGGAGGAGCAAGUGGAAAUUGUCGAUGAGGAGAUCUCAGAGAGUGUGGCUCGCCAAAUGCCCGCUGAAGAGCAGAUUGCCGACUUCAUGUUCGCAUUUUUGGGUCUGGACUCCAAGGCCUGUCGUCGGCGGUUCGUCUGCGAAAUGGAGUUCCGUUCCAAGCUAAAUCCCAUGACCAGCAUGGCCUUCCGCAUUGUGGGUCGGGGCUUCUUUGAGAAGUACACCAAUGCCAAUAACCCUCUGGCUAGGGCCACCAACUUUGGCGAGUGUGCUGCCGUGAAUCCCGAGUGCAUCUUCAUAGAAACCGAUAACGCCGAGGAGAAUCCAGAGGCGGAGGCGCAUCAAGAGGUGCAGCAGCAGGAGGAGGUCGGGCAGCAACAGGAGGAGCAGGCAGCCACUGAGGAAUCCGCCGCCGAGGACUCCCAGAACGAGAUCAACCUGCAGGCCGAGAGGAGGCAUGCCAAGCACAAGAAUCGCAAACUCAGCUCCAUUGCCGAGCACAUCCUGAUGCAGUAGAAGGGCC